AUGGAUGAAGGCUGGAAUAAUGAAAGGCGACCAUCCCAGAUCUAUUACCCGAGUGUCCCUAGUCCGCGAUCUCUAGAAGGAGGGCCGGCCUCAGCACCGACUUCUUCCGAAUCCAAGGUCCCCAUUCCAAGACUCCAGCGGCCGACUCCAGUGAAGGCGUUGGUCCCAAGUGAACGUCAGAGGGUUAGCCACGCGUGCGAACCAUGUCGACGUCGCAAAUCCAAAUGUGAUGGAGCUCAACCGUUCUGUUCUCGUUGUAGGGACCAUGGACUUGUUUGUUCUUAUGCGGACGGCAAGAGAGAAAAGCUGAAGAGGAAUGCGAAAAAUUUAGCUGCUAAAGUGACGCUGUACGAAAGUCUUCUGAUCGAUCUUCUUCCAAGUCUCGAUCCUGCUCGACAGCAGGUUGUUAGAAACACCAUAGCAGAAAACAAUCCUUUGCACGAGACCGACCUUGCGAUAUCUGGAGAAGGAACUAUGUCCGGAGAAGAUGUGAACGACGAGGAUUAUCCAAGCGCGAGCUCUCCUGAGUUCCAGGAUUCAGCACAGCAAGAUGGUCCGGGCUUCAUUGGGCCUUCUGGAUUUCUUGGAAGGUCGUCACCUGUUCGAUGGAUGGAAGAGGCAUCGAUGAGAAUGACUGUGACUUCCCUGGAUUCAAAUGUUUCCGGACUUCAGUCAAUACUCCAGCAGACGCUGACCAACAUGAAUCGCGCCAGCAGUCUCGACGAAUUCCAUCAACUUCUGAUGGAGGGUUGUGAUUACUUCGCCAAUCACCUGGACGUGUCUGAUUUCGGGGUAUUUGGCGAAAAUGUCGACGCGUUCCAGCUCCCUCCUCGAGAAACAGCCGAUAUGCUUGUCCAUUCAUACUUCUCGACCGUGCAUCCUUUCUUUCCCGUCCUAUCACAGAGCGAUUUCAUCGCCCAGUAUCAAUCGUAUUUCGAGACACGACAUCCUCCUGGCGGCAGCAUCCAUUGGAUUGCCAUGCUCAACCUGGUUUUUGCACUGGGUGCGCUUUAUGGAUAUCAAGCAACCUUUAUUGGGAGUGAUAAGGAUCAUGUUCUGUACUUCCUCCGGUCACGGAUCUUGACCCAGGAACCCACUCAAAUGUUCGACCUUCCCACCAUGGAUCACGUGCAAUGCACGACCAUCAGUGGCAUAUAUUUACUUGCCAGCUAUCAGAUGAACAGGGCAUGGAGUGCCGUUGCACUUGCAAUUCGGUAUGCGCAAGCUCGUGCGGUUCAUCUGGUUGAUCCAGUACCUGAUACGACGGAGACCCAACGCGAAUGCCAGGCUCGAGUCUGGCAGUGCAUCUGCUCUUUAGAACAAAUUCUGUGUGUCUGGACCGGGAGACCCUCUGCUUUACAGAGUCGUUUCACAACUGGCCAUCUCUCCAAAACUGCUGAUCCAGCAGUCAAUCCUCAGGCCUUGUCACAGGCUGCUUCUCAAAAUCCCAUGUCGAGAACCACAUUUCCUGAAGGAACAAGGAGUUUCAUUUCUACUGGUUGGAGCACCUUUACCGCCUGUCUAUACCUUGAUAGGAUUGUUGCGGAAGUCCUGGAGGAGCUUUACAAUCCCCGCAUGAUAAUCCAGGCUUGGGCCAGAGUCCAGCAAGUGAUUAGCGUUCUGAACGCAAAGCUGGAUCGUUGGCAUUUAAGCUUACCGGUCAAUUUAAGGCUGUCUGCAGGGCAGUCAGAUCGCUCGUCGCAGGCACAAAGGGAACGUUCGUAUCUCGCGUUUCGUUUUUACAGCACAAGAAUACUAAUCAAUUGGCCAUGUCUGUGCAAGACACGUAAUAUCAAUCCUGUGACAUUUCAGUCAGAGUCAUCGAGAAGUUUCAAUGCAGAAGCCGUAGAGCAAUGCAGAAAAGCUGCGAGAGAUUUAUUGAAGCUCUUGCCAGAUGACGGGACUGUCCCUGACGUGUAUGACUCUACUCCAUGGUGGUGUGUUCUCCAUUUUGUUGUCCAAGCUGGCGUAAUUUUCGGGCUGGAAAUUUUACCAGAAGCAGCUCGUAUGCGCCCGUCGGAUGCUGAGCAAUUGAUAGCAGAGUCUGUCAAGGCAAUUCGGUGGUUAAAGGCUCUAUCGGAAAACAGUGUGCCUGCCAGGCGAGCGUGGUUCGCCUAUAGCCGUCUUAUGCAGCUGGCUUUGGCAAAUGCUGGGAAAGAUCCUAGCAUGCUUACUCCUUACGUUCCAGCAGACACGUCUCUACCUUCAUCAUUUGCCUCGGAAGACACUACCUUUCUUGUUCAGCAUACUGGAUAUUUGGGACUAUAG